AUGAACCCUGCCGUUUCCGUCAAGGAAAAGUACCAGGUUUCCGAAAAACUGGUCAACGAGGAGUUCAAAAUAUGGAAAAAGACCUCGCCCAUGCUCUAUGACCUUAUUUAUUCGUACUCGUUGCAAUGGCCAAGUCUGACCGUCGAAUGGCUCAAGAGCCUCGAAAAGAAGGAUGUUUCAGUGACAGCCUCUUUUCUUGCCGGAACCCACACCUCAGAUGGGUCCAAAAAUUAUCUAAGACAGUACUCCGUCCGGUUACCAACAGCGGAGGCCAAGGAUAAGAACGCAUUUUUGGAGAACCAGAUCAAGCUGGAACGCGAGUGGGAACAUCCUGGAGAAAUCAACAAGCUGCGGAUUAACCAGGAGUCUGGACUUGUUGCCACUCAAACUAACUUCGGAGAUGUGUUAAUCUACGAUCUGAACGGAAAUUCUGUUAAAACACUUAAGUUCCAUACUAAGGAAGGUUUCGGACUCGAAUGGAACCCAAUCUACUCGAAGAACCAGUUGUUGUCCAGUUCCGAGGACCAUAAGGUAGCUCUCUGGAAUAUGGGGUCCGAGUCGCCAGCCAGAGUAUUUGAGACCCAUUCUGCUAUCGUGAACGACGUGGCAUGGAAUAAGCAAUACAACGAAGUCAUUGCGUCUGUGAGCGACGAUCUGUCUUUACAAAUCCACGAUCUACGGUCCCCAAAGCCGGUCAUUUCGAUCGCUAACGCACACUCCGGCCCUGUUAACUCGGUCGCUUUCCAACAGGAUAUUGGAACUCUGUUGGCCACUGGAUCCUCCGAUAACCUUGUCAACUGCUGGGAUCUGCGUUUGAUGGACCAGCCAAUCCGCAAGCUUUACGGUCACACUGGGUCCGUGGUCGAUCUCAAGUUUCGCGAUAACUUGCUCCUGUCUUCGUCGAGUGACAGAAGAGUUUUGGUCUGGAACCUUUCCAACAUUAGAGACGGCGAGUUCGAUUUAAAAGAGUACGAGAAGAAAAAGGGCGAUUACAUUGAUCCAUGUCUCGUAUUUAUGCACGGAGGACACACCGGCCGCAUUUGCGAAGCUGAUUGGCACCCUGAACUUGACAACGUGGUUGUGAGCUGCGCAGAGGACGGAUUGGUGGAGAUUUGGCGGCCUAGACACAUAGACGAAAGGGAGUAUGAUGAAGAGGAGUAA